CUGACGUCUGUCUUCUAUUGACGGCGGUUAAUCAUUGCUCGUCUGAUUGUGUGUGUGAUGGAAGUGUUUCGGCUGAAGUGACGAGACAAAGAGCAGAACACACACAGAGAAAGAUCUGCAGGAGUCAUGAAGGUCCUCGGUGUUUUCAUCUUGACAUGUCUUCUCUUCCAGACCGCCAGUCUGCUGAAGCCACAAACGCCCGUAUUGUCACAAGCAAAGCAAAAUCAAAAUUCAACCUUGGAGAAAAAUUCUGAUUUUCCAGAUUUUCCAGGGGAAAACAAAGGUGCAGACAACGAGAACAUAACAAAUCCAGACUUGGGAGAAAAAACAGUCAAAGGUUUGGAGAACAACACAAAUACAGGUAGCAUCACAGUUUCAGUCUUGAAGCCAAUGAAGGAAACUGGAGAAAACAAACCAUUAAACGCUGAGUCCAACCAAAGAGAGUCAUAUGACGUACAACCAACACCCAAAACAGACUCACAAUCCAAACCCCAAAGAGUAUCUGAUGAGGAUUUCUUGGGUCCGGCCCAAUGUCUGAAUCAGAAAUACACUCGGUGGUCCUGCUCUAAAGUGUUCUGUCCUCCAUGGAGGCGAUGCAUCGCAGGACAGUGUGUCUGUAAGAUGCCGUACAAAUGUCCGCGGCAGAAAAUAAGCGCUUGUACGCUGGACGGAGCCAUGUAUUACUCCAUGUGUCAGGCCAAUGCAAUCUCCUGCAGAUCCAAGACGCCCAUUUUCUCACACUUCAGCCAAUCCUGCAAAGCGGAAGAUAAGGUGGAAACGUCGAUCUCUGACUCUAAUGACGUGGUGGAGAUAAAAACGAAUUCGGGAAAAAGGCCGGUAUGUGGCAAAGGCUGGAAUAUGGCUGCAGCAAAUGUCGUUUGCCGAAACGUUAAGGGAGUCAACAGAGGAGCAGAGGCAGCAUCUAACAUCGCAUACGAGUCUCUUGAUGAAGAUACUGAAUGGUCAGAUCAGUGUAUGAGGGUUCGCUGCACGGGAUCUGAGCUCUCAUUGGCUGAGUGUACGAUCUAUAAUCCAGAGCCAAUCACAAAAACUGGGGUGGCCGCUUUAAAGUGUUAUAAGGAACCUUCAGGUGAAUAUAAGAAGUUUCUCUGUGCGAAUGGGAAGUAUUUAAUCAACGGAAAACCCUGCGAUGGUAUUGAUGACUGUGGAGACAACAGCGACGAGAUGUGCUGCAAAAAAUGCAGAGGCAAGGCGUUCCACUGUAAAUCGGGUGUCUGUAUUCCCCAACACGCCCUCAAAGAUGGAAUCAGGGACUGUCUGGGAGGAGAAGAUGAAAUCGAUGCACCCAACAAAACAAGAACGAUAGAUGCAGAAAGAAAUCAGAAAAAAACCUUUUCUGAUCCAAUGUCAGAGAUCAAAGAAAUCCGCACGUCUGCUGAGAGCCAGCUGAUGUGCGGCGUUCCCAAUAUGGAAUAUGCGUUCAAACAGGAGGACAGUGAGACUUCCCAUCCACGCAGAAAACGCUUAGUAGGAGGGGAAGAGGCCUUACCGACUCAGAUACAGUGGCAGGUGGCCGUUCAGGAUGAAGGUUCGAUCCACUGCGGAGGGGCGUAUUUGGGCGGAUGCUGGGUUUUGACCGCCGCCCACUGCGUCAGGCCCAAACCAAAGUCCUUCCGAAUCAAGUUCUCUCUCUGGAAGAAGCAUCGCAAGCAGUCGACCACUGACAGCAUUCCGGUGAAGAACAUCAUCAUCCAUCAUGAAUAUAACGCACAAACCUACACCAACGACAUCGCUUUGGUGCAGCUGGAGGAGCUGGGUCUUUCAGACAAGUGCAUGGAUGACAAUCCCGCGGUCCGAGCCGUCUGCGUUCCCUGGUCCACCCAACAGUUCCAGCCCAACGACACCUGCACCAUCUCCGGCUGGGGUCGUGACAAAGAGGGCAUAUCAGCAGCGACUCUAAAAUGGGCAAAUGUGACGAUUAUCGGCGAUUGCCAGAAUUAUUACAAGGACCGUUUCCACACUGGAAUGGAGUGUGCAGGUGACCUGGAGGGGAAGGUGGACUCGUGUCAGGGUGACUCCGGAGGGCCGCUGGUGUGCACAGACAGAUCUGGUUUGUCGUAUGUGUGGGGAAUAGUGAGCUGGGGUGAGAAAUGCGGAGAACCCAAUCAUCCUGGCGUCUACACUAAAGUGGCGCAUUACUUCGACUGGAUCCGCUCCAACACAGGCUGGCCGGCCGUUACCAAAUUUAACCAGUAAAAUGGAGGAACAGACUGCUCACAUUUGCUUUUGAUGUUACUAAAUUUGCUAUUUGUAUGUUGCUAUUAAAAUGCUGAUUAUCAGGCAAUUUAAAUGCUUGGUCCUGCCUGUUUUGUUGUUUCAAAGUGUCUUUGCGGUGAUUCUGAGAAAUCAAACCAGUUUCAUGUUGCAUUCACACUUUUGAUGUGAAAUCAGAUUUUAAACCACAUAUAAACGCCAUUAAGAUUAGAUUUGCAAAAGCUGGAUUCUGUACAUUUACCUUGCAAAUGCAAACAAGAGUUUUUGUAUCCUGCCAUCACAGAUUAAAUAAAAAAAAAAA